AUGGCCCACCGCAGCACGGGCGGACGCGGUGCAGGCGACGGCGGCUACGGCAAACAGCCCGACGGCUACUUCCAGUACGUCAACGUGCCCGGUCACAAGGAAUACGAGUUCGGCUGGAACCGUGGCAACCCGCACCACUACAUCAGCCGCUACGAGCAGGCCAAGGACCACCGGUUCCGUACCCGGGUGAAGUGGGCGGAUACGAAGGGCGGAUCCGGCGAGCACUACUGGGAAUACAAUCACGCACCGAAGGGCUAUGGAAAGGGCCAGGGGAAGGGCCAUGGAAAGGGCCAAGACAAGGGGUACGGCAAGUCAGACGACGGAGGCUAUGGCAAGGGAGAUGACAAGGGCUGGCGCAGGGCGCAACGCUGUGGCAGCCGACGCAGGGCGCAGCGCUGUGGCAGCUGA